AUGGCAAGCAUUGUUCCUGAUACCCUAAAGAAAGCCGGAAACGUAGUCAUGGGCCAAUCAAACAAGAAGAACGCUCAGCUCGCUGAGAACAUGGUUGAGCCUAACUCCAAGGCUCCCAUGACCACCGACUUUGGAGUCAAGAUCGAGAACACAGACGACUGGUUGAGAGUCACCAACAACGACCAGAUUGGUCCCACGCUUCUCGAAGAUCAAAUCGGGAGAGAAAAGAUUCACCGCUUCGACCACGAGAGAAUCCCCGAGCGAGUUGUCCACGCCAGAGGUGCUGGUGCCUUUGGUACAUUCAGACUCUUCGAGAGUGCUGCAGACGUGAGCAACGCCGGCAUUUUGACCGACACUUCGCGCGAGACUCCUCUGUUCCUCCGCUUUUCCACUGUCCUCGGUAGCAGAGGUAGUGCCGACACUGUCCGCGAUGUUCGCGGGUUUGCUGUCAAGUUCUACACGGAGGAGGGCAACUGGGAUCUUGUCGGGAACAACAUUCCCGUCUUCUUCAUCCAGGACGCCAUAAAGUUCCCCGAUGUUAUCCAUGCAGGCAAGCCUGAACCUCAACUCGAGUUUCCCCAGGCCCAAAGUGCUCACGACAACUUCUGGGACUUCCAGUACCUGCACACUGAGGCCACUCACAUGUUCUGCUGGGCCAUGUCUGACCGCACCAUUCCUCGUUCCUACAGAAUGAUGCAAGGUUUUGGAGUCAACACGUACACCCUGACUAACGACAAGGGCGAGCGCCACUUUGUCAAGUUCCAUUUCACUCCCACACUUGGCGUUCACUCGCUCGUACCCGACUUCCACCGCAAGGAUCUGGCAGAGGCCAUUGAGAACGGCGCCUACCCCAAGUGGAAGUUCGGUAUCCAGGUUCUCCCUGAGUCUAAGGAGCAUGACUUUGACUUCGACAUCCUUGACGCCACAAAGGUGUGGCCUGAGGAGCUGAUCCCCAUCCGCUACGUCGGAGAGAUGGAGCUUAACAAGAACCCCGACGAAUACUUCACCCAAACCGAGCAGGUCGCCUUCUGCACCAGCCACGUCGUUCCCGGCAUUGGCUUCUCCGACGACCCUCUCCUUCAAGGCCGCAACUUUUCUUACUUUGAUACCCAAAUUACUCGUCUAGGCAUCAACUGGCAGGAGCUUCCUAUCAACAAGCCCGUGUGCCCUGUCAUGAACUUCAAUAGAGAUGGCCAGCACCGUCAAACUAUUUCCAAGGGCAACGUCAACUACUGGCCCAACCGUCACGAGGCUGUCCCCCCCGCCAACCACUCCAAGGUCUCUGGUGCCUACGUUGACUUCGCCCAGAAGGUGGAGGGUAUUAAGCAGCGCACCAAGAGCGCCAAGUUCAAGGAGCACUUCAGCCAGGCCCAGCUCUUUUUCAACAGUCUGUCUCCCAUUGAGAAGAUGCACGCUACGAACGCUUUUGCAUUCGAGCUGGACCACUGCGAGGAUCCCAUUGUGUACGAGCGCAUGUCUCAGCGUCUUGCUGACAUUGACCUUGGCUUGGCCCAGUCUGUUGCUGAGAUGGUUGGUGGCACCAAGCCCGAGAAGGCUGGCCGCGCCAACCACGGAAACACGGCUAAGGGUCUCAGCCAGUUGGAGUUCCUGCCCGAGACGCCCACCAUUAUGUCCCGCCGUGUUGCCAUCAUCAUUGCUGACGGUUUCGACCCUGUUGCCUUCGGCGCCGCCAAGGCUGCUAUCGCGGCUUCAAUGGCCAUUCCUAUGGUGAUUGGUACCCGUCGCUCGGAGAUCUUCCCCGCAGGAGUUUCCAAGACAGCUGGUAAGGGUGUCAUGCCCGCUCACCACCUCGAGGGCUUCAGGUCCACCAUGGUUGAUGCCAUCUUCGUCCCCGGUGGCGAGGAAUCUAUCAAGACCUUAACCAAGAAUGGCAGAGCCGUGCACUGGGUCCGCGAGGCGUUUGGUCACCUCAAGGCCAUCGCUGCCACUGGCGAGGCUGUUGAAUUUAUCCGCACUGCUGUCACUCUGCCUGAGGUCACUCUGUCCAACGACAGCAACGUUGAGUCAAGUUACGGUGUCGUCACGAUGAAGUCGUUUGCGCCGGAGAGCCUGAAGGAGACUGUCGAGAUCGUCAAGAACGGCAAGGGAUUCUUGGAGCAGUUCUUCUACACCAUCGCUCAGCACCGCGUGUGGGCUCGUGAGCUGGACGGUCUUAGCACCCAGCUGGCGUACUAA